CAACCUCCCACUGGCCACACCCUGUGAGUCUGUCUACACUGAACACACCGUGGUCUCUUCCUUCUGCACAGCUGGGUUCAGAGAGGAGAACCCAUGCCCCCGACCCUCACGGCCCUGCUGUGCCUUGGGAUGAUCGUGCACCUGAGGACCCCCAUGCAGGCAGGGACCCUCCCCAAACCCACCCUCUGGGCUGAGCCAGGCCCUGUGGCCCUGUUGCGGAGUUCUGUGACUAUCUGGUGUCAGGGGACCCUGCAGGCCCAGGAGUUCCGUCUGGAUAAAGAGGGAAGCCCACAGCCCUGGAGCAGACAGGAGCCACUACAUGCAGGGAACAAGGUCAACUUCUCCAUCACACACAUGACAGAGUAUGAUGCAGGGAAAUAUCACUGCUCCUAUCUCAGCCCCACUGGCUGGUCAGAGCGCAGUGACCCCCUGGAGCUGGUGCUAAAAGGAUCCUACAGCAAACCCAGACUCUCAGCCCUGCCCAGUCCUAUGGUGAUCUCAGGAGGGAAUGUGACCCUCCAGUGUGGCUCUGGACAAGGGUUUGACAGGUUCAUUCUGAUUAAGAAAGGAGAAUACAGGCUCUCCGGGACCCUGGACUCAAUGCGACAGCCCAGUGGGCAGGUCCAGGCCCUGUUUUCUGUGGGCCCUGUGACCCCCAGCCACAGGUGGACAUUCAGAUGCUAUGGCUGUUACAGGAACAGAUCCCAGGUGUGCUCACUCCCCAGUAAUGUCCUCAAGCUCCUGGUGUCAGGUGGUUCAGAGAAGCCCUCCCUCCUGACCCAGCAGGGCCCCAUUGUGGCCUCUGGACAGAACCUGACCCUCCAGUGUCCCUCUGACUUCGGCUAUGACAGAUUUGUUCUGUCCAAGGAAGGGGGACAGGACCUCCAUCAGAGCUCUGUCCUGCAGCCCCAGGCUGGACUCUCUCAGGCCAACUUCCCCCUGGGCACUGUGAACAGUACCCAUGGGGGCCGGUACAGGUGCUACGGUGGACACAGCCUGUCCUCUGAGUGGUCGGCCCCCAGUGACCCUCUGGACAUCCUGGUGGCAGGAUGGCUCCCUGACAGACCCUCCAUCUUGGUGCAGCCGGGCCCCAGAGUGGCCUCAGGAGAGAAGGUGACUAUGCUGUGUCAGUCACGGAGCCCGAGGGACACUUUCCUUCUGUCCAAGGAGGGGACAGCUGGUCCCCCCCUGCAUCUCAGAUCACAGUCCCGAGCCCAGCAGCACCAGGCAGAGUUCUCCUUGGGUCCUGUGACCUCAGCCCAUGGGGGGACCUACAGGUGCUACAGUGCAACCCACAGCAACCCCUACCUGUUGUCACAGCCCAGUGACCCCCUGGAGCUCCUGGUCUCAGCCUCCCAACCCCUAGACUACACAGUGGAGAACCUGAUCCGCAUGAGUGUGGCUGGGUUGGUCCUGGUGGUGCUCGGGGUGCUGCUGCUUCAGGCUCAAGACAGCCAGAGGAGGACCCAGGCUGCAGCCAGAACGUGAACACAGAGGGCACAGGGCAUCGUUCAGAGAGAGGGAACCAUGCCCAUCUGAUGACCCAGGAAGUGGGGAAGGACAGCCGUACCACAGAUGGGGAAACUGUCUGCUGAUGUGUCCAGGGGAGCAGAGGUGGCAGAUGAGGUUUGGGGACAGGAAACAUGAACCAUGUUCCUGUAGAGAUGCCUCCUCCUUCCCACUGUGGGGCUGUCCCUCCUCAUCCUCACUGACUCCCCUUGACUGCCCCUCUGUUCUCACCGCUGUGACCUGAGGGGCUGCCCCACAAGGCUGGUUUGGGUUCACAUCUACACACCCCUUCAUGCUGAAUCCCACUCAUAUAAACAAAUGUGGUGUCUUCAUAACCAGGAAGGGUUUUUUCAGCCAUAAAAACAAAGUACUGACACCUGCUACCUGGUGGGUGAAUGUCAACAUCCUGCAGCUAAAUGACAGAAGCCAGAGAGAAAAGAUCACAUUUUCUGUGACUGCGUUUGUAUGAAGCAUCCAGGAGGAGGAAACCCACAGAGACAGAAGUCAGGUGGGCUUGUCGGGGGCUGAUGAGAAGGAGAGAUGGGAGACUGAAGGCUUCAUGUAAUUUGGGUGUGGGGUUACACAAAUUUGUUACUAAAACUAGAUAAAAUCUGUGGUCCAUCUGUUGUGUAUUUACUACAUUCCAGUGAAAUGUAUACUUUGAAAUGCUCAAUUCUAUGUUAUAGAAACUUAUUAAAAAGAAAUGUAAGUCGC